GAGGAGGAUAGGACAAGGGGACCAGGUGGAGGCGGGGCGGCGGUAAACAAACCCUUCCCGCCGCUAAAAGUUCUAAAUAACCUCAAUAAUUCCCCUUCCCUCUUAGUCCUCGCUCUAAUAUAACUAACCCAGCAGCAAGGGGAAUAAAGCCACUAUGUCCCGGCGGAGGUAGGACCCCUGGCAGCGCUAUAUAGGGGCGCCAUGGGGCUGAGAAGACUGGUGCAGGACGCCAGACCUUACCUGCAUUACGCCAUUUCUUCGUGCGGGGAGGACCAGAAGGCUUUAGAGGUUGUGUUACUAGAGAAGAACAACUCCUACACGCUAAAGGUGACAAAGGACAAUGAUGACCUCCGGCAGUGGUGCAGCAAGGUGAAGAGGUCACCCGAUGAGUACAUGGAGCAGCUGUGUGAGGCUCUGGUCAGCGAGGACAGCAAUGUGGGGGUCUUUGAGGUGCAGGAUGGCCACCUCGUUUGGAAACAGUACUUCCCGGACAAGGAAAUCCACAGCAGGAAGGGAAGGUUCAAGAUGGAAAAGACAGGGUACGAUGAGGCAGUGGAGCUGGUACUAUUGGGCGCCAUGCAAGACCUACAGGAUCUCACUCGCCAGGUUCAGAGGCUGACCAAAGAAACACAGGACAAUGCAAGAGAUAUGGAAAAGGCAGUGGAGCUGGCAUCCAAGAGUGUACAAAUGAAGGUGGACUUAGAGAGGGAAAUCUACAGUAAAUGUGCCGCCCUGAUUAAUGCCAAGAAGCUGAGGAUUCACCAGCUACGGUCCACUCACCCCAGCAGCUCAGCACCACGCACCAGCUGCCUUGUGCGCACCAGCGAUGAGGCGGGCACCAGCUCACGGCCCACCAAAAAACCCAAGCGGCAGAUGAAGGCGCGGAAACAGGAGGCAGCCAAGUACAGUGAUGGCUACAGCUCAGAUACAGACGUGGAUGACCCGGAUGAGGAGGAUGAGGAGGACAUGGACACGGAUGAGGAGAGAGCCAUCAGUCUGUCCCCGGUGAAGCCAAAUAGAGAAAGGGAGAAGGCCAGUGUUACCAGACAAGGGAAUGGGGAGCAAAAGGCUGUGUCGGAGAGCAAACCAAGUAAUGCAGAUGAUUCACAGGACAUUCUUGGUGCCAGUCUUGAGGCAGAGCUUUACGCCGAAGACACAUGGACGGCCAAGCAGGGUACCACCACUAGCAUAUCACCCGUCAAGCCUGUCUCCCAGCCUCCGCCACAGCUCACCAGGAGUAAAAUCACCGAAGCAGUCACAUCACCCACGGAACCAAAGCCAAAAAACGACUGUGAUGAUGAUGAACCGAUGUCCAUGAUUUAUGACCUCUUCUAGUGUCUGUUGUUACUUAAUGUGUAGUAGGUAGCUAGGUGGUAUGCAUACGUGUGUAACAUGAAGUGAAUUCCUAUGCAUCUGCGUGUUGGGUGGUAGACUUAAGUGUUUUGAUGUGCUUAUUUUUCUACACUACAGAAACACCAAAUAUUUUACUACUACCGGUCGUGUUGGAAAGUUUAUUUUGUUGAUUAUUUAAAUGGUGGUGGGCGAGGAUGUUUUUUAUUAUGUAACCACAAAUAUUUUUAUCCAAACACAUUAUUAUUACCGAGCUUUACAAACACAGCAAGUUGUUAUGUUUCAUGUUUGAAGUACAGGUGGUUUUCCUACCUGGCAAGAAUAUGGUAAACAAAUAACAUCGGAAAGUGAAAAUUCGCAAAGUAGAGACCAUUAAAAAGCAUGUAUUUAUAAGGGUAUGUGGUCAACAACUCUCUCAUUAUAUGCAGAGGACAGAGAGCAACACAAACGUAAACACUAUCUAUCUAUCUAUAUUUUCGACACCCUACUCCCUCGCUGGACCUUCCUUCCAGGGGGUGGGCGCAGCAGAAGUGUCUCCAUCUCUCCCUGUUCUGGCACUCCCUCUCAGCACAUUCAAUCCUGUUACUUCCAACUCUCUCGCUCCAACACAAACGUAAACACUAUUCUUUUAUUAAGCUGUGCAGCGUGAUAAACGUCCUGAAAUAUACUGUGAAACGUCCCGGCUUUUCUGCAUAUCAGGUGUGUGUGUGUGUGUGUGUGUGUGUGUGUGUGUGUGUGUGUGUGUGUGUGUGUGUGUGUGUGUGUGUGUGUGUGUGUUUCAACUUCCCUACCAUUGCACUUUAUACAUCUUGACACAAAAACUUGACUUAAUGGCUCUUAUUAGGAUUAAAAGCAAUGUGUGAUAUGUCUGUUGUUAAUUCACUAACCUGUAAUACUUGUAACAAUAGUAGUUCAACCUUCCUACCGCUUCACUGUUUAAGUCUUGAGACAAAAAUCUACUUAAUGGUUCUUGUUAGGAUUUGAAGCAAUGUGUGAUAUGUCUUGUUAAUUCACCGAUCUGUAACAAUAGUAGUUCAACCUUCCUACUGUUUCAAUAUUUACGUCUUGACGCAAAAAUCGACUUAAUGAUUCUUACUACGACUUAAAGCAAUGUGUGAUAUGACUGUUUUUGUGCAUCUAUUCUUAAUUCACUGACCUGUAAUAAUAGCAGUUCAACCCUCCUUCCAUUGCUCUGUAUACAGCUUGACGCAAAAACUGACUUAAUGAUUCUUAUACGAACUUGAAACAAUGUGUGAUGCUUGCCCUAAUGAUUCUUAUACAAACUUGAAGCAACAUGUGAUAUGACUGUUUUUGCAUAUCUUAUAUUAACCUGGCAGCUGCGGGGAUCAUGUUUCUUAAAGGCCCCUCUUAGCGAGAAAAAUGAAAAAAAAUCAUCACUCACACAAACCAUUUCAUAAUAUAUAUAUCAAUGCAUUUCUGAUCAGUUUAUGCAUCAUUUAAUUUGAGGGUUUAUGUUACAGCAAAAAUUUGUCCCGUCGCUGGUAUGUAUUAAAGCCACAAAUUUGGCCCGUCGCUGGUACACGGUAAAGCCACAAAUUUGGCCCAUCGCUGGUACACGGUAAAGCCACAAAUUUGUCCCGUCACUGGUACGCAUUAAAGCCACAAUUUUGGCCCAUCGCUGCUACCGGGUUAAUUCACUGACCUACAUCACCAACUCAUGUAUUACCUAAUCAAAAUUCUGACCAAGUAAGACUGACAGCACUGAUGGAUGACUGACACACUUGAUUUCUUCCAUUGAAUUUAUAUUGCACUAAUUAAAAUGCAUGUUGGUC